UUUUCAUUGGCUAUAAUUGGCUUACUUUUUUUGUGAAACGCUGACCGAUGGAAUUAAGACAGUGUCGGGAUUGAGGGUUCAUUGAACCUGGACGGGUUUUGUCAUUGGAAAAUCACUCAAUCCGUGUUCUUCCGCUUUUAGUAGUCUCCUCUUCUUCUUCUUCUUCUUCUUCUUGUUUACUAAUUGAUCAUUUGGCUAUAUAAUAUUGUAUUGGAGAAAGAGGGGCCACCAACUGUGGCGAGCCAAAAGGGAAGGCUUCAUUUUGGUGGUAGGUGGAAGAAUUUUGGGAGGAAAGAUGUCUCUUCUUGUCUAGGUGUAUGGUCUCUGAUUCCACUAUCAAUGGCUUUCGUAACAAGCAUACGUAUGAAGCAAGCUAGUAAAUUUGAUACCCCAUGUCUGUGAUGGCUUAUUCAACUGACGAGCAGGCAGAAACAACAGGAGCAGAUUCUAUAAGUCCGUCAUCAUCUCACCAUCAGACACACGCCAUGGCAUAUGUUCACAAGGUUGGGUUGCCCCCUAAGCAAGACCUCUUCAAGGAGUUCAAAGCGACUGUAAAAGAAACAUUCUUUGCAGAUGAUCCUCUCCGGUCAUUCAAGGAUCAACCAAAGUCCCGCAAGUUCAUCCUGGGAAUCCAGGCCAUAUUCCCUAUUCUUGAAUGGGGUAGACACUAUAAUCUAACUAAGUUUAGAGGUGAUCUCAUUGCUGGGUUGACUAUUGCAAGUCUCUGCAUUCCUCAGGAUAUUGGUUACGCCAAGCUUGCAUACAUGGAUCCUGAAUAUGGGCUUUACUCCAGCUUUGUUCCACCCUUGAUUUACGCCUUUAUGGGCAGUUCGAGAGAUAUAGCUAUUGGACCAGUUGCUGUGGUUUCUCUUCUACUAGGAAGUUUGCUUCAAGAAGUGAUUGAUCCAUUUAAAAAUCCUGUUGAAUACCGGCAGCUUGCAUUCACUGCUACCUUUUUUGCUGGGAUCACGCAAGCAGCUCUUGGAAUUCUUAGGUAUCAUAUACUUAAAUGUACAAGCAAUAAAAACAUCACACAUAAACUAUUGAUUUCCCUGCUGCUCAUAUUUACACUUCAGAAUUUGAAGGCCCAUACCUUACAGAAAUGUACUGGUGUUGAUUUUGUUUUUAGGUUGGGUUUCUUGAUUGACUUUCUAUCUCAUGCUGCCAUCGUCGGUUUCAUGGGUGGGGCUGCCAUUACAAUUGCCCUCCAACAGCUUAAGGGUUUUCUUGGCAUUAAACAUUUCACGAAGAAAACUGAUAUUACUUCUGUGAUGAAGUCAGUCAUCAGUUCAGCAGAACACGGAUGGAACUGGCAGACAAUUGUCAUUGGGGCAUGCUUCUUAUCUUUCCUUCUCACUGCCAAAUACAUUGGAAAAAGGAACAAGAAACUUUUCUGGGUGCCAGCAAUUGCACCAUUGAUAUCAGUUGUUCUCUCUACCCUCUUUGUCUUUUUAACUCAUGCUGAAAAGAAAGGAGUUUCAAUUGUGAAUCACAUAGAAAAAGGAAUCAAUCCCCCAUCAGCUGAUCAAAUUUUCUUCAGUGGCCCGUUUCUGACAAAAGGCUUCAGGAUCGGAGUGGUGGCUGGCAUGAUAGCACUUACGGAAGCAACAGCCAUUGGAAGAACGUUUGCUGCCAUGAAGGACUAUCAACUGGAUGGUAAUAAAGAAAUGGUAGCUUUAGGAGCAAUGAAUAUCGUUGGUUCAAUGACUUCUUGCUAUGUGGCCACAGGUUCAUUUUCUAGAUCAGCAGUAAAUUACAUGGCUGGCUGCCAAACUGCAGUGUCUAACAUCGUUAUGUCUUGUGUUGUAUUUCUAACCUUGCAAUUCAUUACACCUCUUUUUAAAUACACCCCAAAUGCCAUUCUUGCUGCCAUCAUUAUCUCAGCUGUCAUAGGCCUACUUGAUUUUGAGGCAGUAGUUUUGAUAUGGAAGAUAGACAAAUUUGAUUUUGUUGCCUGCAUGGGAGCCUUUUUUGGAGUAGUUUUUUCCUCUGUCGAGAUAGGUCUCUUAAUUGCGGUCUGUAUAUCCUUCGCUAAAAUAUUGUUACAAGUUACCAGACCUCGGACAGCCCUUCUUGGAAAGAUCCCUAGGACAACUGUGUACAGAAAUACCCAACAAUAUCCAGAUGCAACUAAGGUUUCAGGUGUUUUGAUCGUGAGAGUUGAUUCGGCAAUUUACUUUUCCAACUCUAAUUAUGUCAGAGAGAGGUUACUGAGAUGGCUGACAGAUGAGGAAGAAAGAGUUAAAGCAGAGAACCAGCCAAGAAUUCAGUUUUUGGUAGUAGAUUUAUCACCCGUUACGGACAUUGACACUAGUGGAAUCCAUGCACUUGAGGAGUUAAACAGCAGUCUAAAGAAGAGAGACGUGCAGGUAAAAAACACCAUCCGCUUCUACUUUAUAUGCCUUGGAUUUCUAGCAAGUUUUUUUAACAAGACAAGACCAGCACCCAAAAAGUGGAGUAAAGUUGGUGAAAUAUGCUUACCGGAGGAGUUGGUAUUUUCUUGGUAUGCAGCUUGUUCUGGCGAAUCCAGGUCCUGCGGUGAUCCACAAGCUCCAUGCUUCAAAUUUUGCAAAUUUGAUAGGCGAGGACAGAAUCUUCCUCACCGUGGCAGAUGCUGUAUCAUCCUGCUCUCCCAAACUAGCGGAUCAACAAGUUUGACACCAACAAAACUGAAAUGAUAUGUGCAACUGGAUGUAUAAAUGGAAAUUGGGAAAGUGAUAUCCUGUAGAGUUGAGUGGAAGAUGACAGAGCUCUCAUGUAUAGAUGUGGUUUAGUUGAGGGACAGGGGCCCAAUCCCCCAACCCUAAAAAAAAUGAAAAAGAAGAGAGAGAGAGGUGAAGGAUGUGGUAAUGGGAUUAAGCCAUAAUACUUGUAUGUUUAUUUCCUGGCAGUGGGUCUUGUUAUAAUUUGAAUUUGUACUACUGGUGUAUUUGCGUAUAUGGUUACAUAUAAGAGGGAGGAGUUGGGAUUUCAAGUGUGUGGAAAAUAUCUAUCAGUUCACCAAACUUUCAA